UUCUACGCCCAGCUGCUCACGCAACGGAGGAUCUUUCUAAACGGGAGGGUGGACGAUAAGAGCGCGCACACGCUGGUCGGAAAGAUGCUAUUCCUGGACGCGGCGGAUCCGACGAAGCCGAUCGUGAUGUACAUAAACAGCGGAGGCGGGGUGGUGACCAGCGGGUUGGCCAUAUACGACGUCAUGCAGCACGUCAGGCCGCCGGUGUACACCGUGUGCCUCGGCCACGCGGAAUCCAUGGCCGCCGUGCUGCUGUGCGCGGGCGAGAAAGGGCACAGGUACGCGCUGCCAAACUCGCGAAUAAUGAUUCACCAGCCGCACCACGUCGUCAGCGGGCAAACGACGGAUAUCAUCAUCAAGGCGAAAAAGGCGGAACACACGCGCGAGACCCUCUCCGCGAUCAUACAGGCGCACAGCGGCAAAGGAGAGGGCGAGGUGAACGCGGCGCUGGAGAGGGACACGUACAUGACGGCGAGCGAGGCGAAGAAGUUCGGCAUCGUGGACCACACGGUGACGCGAAUAA